CGGUCUCUAAAUCCCCUGCAUUUACUCUCACAAGUAGAUCGUCAAUGCUUGGUACGAAAGCCGCACGUAGGACGUACAGACAUACAUUGUUUACUUUAGUUUGUUACAUUUUCAGUCUUUGGUUUUUCCUUUUUACUUACAUAAUCAUCGCCUGUGUGGCAAUUUUAUUCAGGAGUGAUAAUCUUUGUUUAAAAAAAAAAUAGCCUAUUUGUUUUUAAAUAAUAAUAAUUAUUAUUUUUAACAGCGCCUGCUCAUCAGUCGUAUAUCAUGUUUUAGCAAUUUCCACGUGUAGUCGGUGAUAUUAGUAGUUUAUUAGACGUAGUUAUUUAUUCGUUGCAACGCUGCUGGUUUUGCUCCGUUGAGUCCUGAACAGCCGCCGUUCAUGCCCGAUCUGCAGCGCUUCAGUUUUCCGUAUAGUAUGAACCCGUUCUUGGGCCAGAGCUCACCUGCUCCUCAUCCGCAUCCGCAGAGCUCAGACAUGCUCAGCCAUCCGGACUCGCCCUCCACGGUGCUCCCGGAGGCUCUUCUGACGGCUCCACACUCCUCCGUUCUCCACCUCGGUGAACAGUCCGGUCUGAUCGCGGACGGCUUUUCCCAAAGCGGGUUAGUCUAUCUGCCCAUCAGUCCUUCUCUGCACCGGGCCGUGCCGCCUCCACCCGCAACCAUGGCCUUACGCAACGACCUGGGCUCCAACAUCAGCGUCCUGAAGACCCUCAAUCUGCGCUUCCGCUGCUUUUUGGCUAAAGUGCAUGAGCUGGAGAGGAGAAACAAAAUCCUGGAGAAGCAGCUGCAGCAGGUUCUGGAAAGCAACGAGCUUGCUUGCGGCGAGAGCAAAGACACUGGCGUGCAGACCGGCUUUGUCGGGCCCGUUCCCCUGCAAUCUCAAACCAGCAACAAUUCCGCCAAGAGACCGACUACUUUAUUCACACCCCCUCUUACGACCGUGCUUAAUCUCGAACCCGAUGACAAGACUCGGGCUUCAGGUUACGAUUCAAGCUCGUGCGCGCCUAGCAAAGCAGCCGCGGCUAACACCAACAGCAAUAACUCCAACAAUGCACCUCAUCUGAACGGUGCUGCAGCCAGAACCGGCCCUAACCCGCAUAACCGCUUUCUGCCCGGCACGAUCUGGUCGUAUAGUCCCAGCCGGAAGUGGCCGGCGAGCUCGGAACCGCGGGCGAUCACCAGCCCCGGAGUGUCAUGGGUACACCCGGACGGAGUCGGAGUGCAGAUCGACACCAUCACCCCAGAAAUCAGAGCCCUCUACAACGUGCUAGCCAAAGUAAAGCGGGAGAGGGACGAGUACAAACGAAGAUGGGAGGAGGAAUACACCAUGAGAGUGGAACUUCAACAGAAGGUCACAGAUUUACAAGAGGACCUGCAGGAGAGUGAGGUGUGUCAGGAUGAGCUAGCAUUGAGGGUGGAGCAGUUGAAGGCAGAGCUUGUCCUCUUCAAGGGUCUAAUGAGCAAUAACCUGAGCGAGUUGGAUAGUAAGAUCCAGGAGAAGGCUAUGAAGGUGGACAUGGAUAUCUGCAGACGCAUCGAUAUCACAGCUCGUCUCUGUGACCUGGCACAACAGAGGAACUGUGAGGACCCCAUAAAGACCUUCCAGGUUGCCAGUCCACAGUCUUCCAUUAGCUGUCGUCCACGGAAACAGACAAUCCAGCCUGCUUAUGGCAGUGAGACCGAUGAGCCGACCAGCACCUCAGAAAGUGAUGGAGGUGGAGUAAAAGAGGAGAAUGCAGGCUCCACCUCAGCUACUCAGAUCAAUGAAGAGAUGCAGAGGAUGUUGUGUCAGUUGCGCGAAUGUGAGUUUGAUGAUGACUGUGACUCUUUGGCAUGGGAGGAGACUGAGGAGACCCUGCUGCUUUGGGAGGAUUUCCCAGGAUGCACUCUGACCACAGACCCCAGCCAUGGUGAGGAGGAGUGUCUUGAGAAAGUGAUCAAAGAUACAGAGUGCCUAUUUAAGUCUAGGGAGAAGGAGUAUCAGGAGACCAUUGGCCAGAUUGAGUUGGAGCUGGCCACUGCAAAGUCUGACAUGAACAGGCACUUGCAUGAGUAUAUGGAAAUGUGCAGCAUGAAGAGAGGACUGGAUGUUCAGAUGGAAACAUGCAGGAGACUCAUUACCCAGACUGGAGAGAGUCAUUCCCCAUGUCCUGGCCCUGGUGGAGGCGUAGAAGCGAAUGAUGGGACAGGAACAGAGAAGACUGUAGAGGGAGGAAGAUAAUAACAGCCUGAUAAAGAAAAAAAAAAAAAAACAGGAGUUGUGAAGGUUCUCUUAUCUCACUGUUAAACCUAAGCCAUAUUUAGCCCACAGGUUCUGGUGCAACACUGCUAAACUCAUGGUUUUCCCAAUGAAUAGUCUACUUAGACUCUCACACCACGAAUUAUGUUUUAAAAAAUCAGGGGCCAAAUGAAAGUAAUAUUACCUCAGAAGAGUCACAUGAAUUUGUUUUUGCAACAUGUGACUGACAUUGACUAAUCCCUGAUGAUCGUAAGUGAGACUGAUAGACCUGACAAUUCCAAGAACCUAUUUCACUGAUCACUGUGUAGUACGGUGGCAAACCUUAGCUAGGUACUUAAAGCGAAAAUAUUUCAAGUAAAGUAAUUCUUGUCGUUAUAGGACACCGUCAUCUUGCAGCAGUAUCUCUGAGUUCAGGAUCUAACCUGGGAAUAUUUUGCUUUCUAUACAACUGGCCUCAAAUGCACUUCAUCUGUAAAAUACUUCAUGCUGUUUGCCAUAAUAGAAAAUGUACAUAAAUAGUCCUGCUGACAUCCAUAUGAUCAAAGCUCUGUUUUGUGCACUGUGGUUGUGAAAUAACUUUGCAGAUGUGACACUAAAGUUCAUCGUCAGUCAUCACUCUCCACUCACGCGCCUUUUUUCUGAACUGAAAAACUAAGUGGUCAAGCAUUAAUGAGAACAUUUUUCUGUCACUGAUAUAGUCUGAACUGCUUUGGACUGUUAUAUAAUCUUGAACGAAAAUCAUUUCUAUUCUUGCAGUCAUCUUUUAAAUUUGCUUAAUAGUUGAUCUCUGCUCUGAGGGCAUCACCUCAGACAAACAGCUUUGGCUAAAAUCAUUUCUUCUUUUCACAAUACACAAUAAGGCUGGUCAAUCAGCGCGAGCAUUUUCAACACCAGCAAACUUAUACCUCAUCCGUCAGCCGUCUACACGUCAUUCGAGGAAAAAAUGACUAAAUCUUCUUAAGUGAAUUGGAGUAAGUGCUGAACCUGACUGUUUGGUUGACCAAACUGAUCUCAGCACAGUUCUACAAUAAAUAUUUAAACUAUUAUUGCGUCCUCCUAAAAUUUACCCAGAAUAGCAGGCAUUACGCAGUUUGAACGAUGGCCGCAAGUUUCCAGAUUAACCUAUUCUGAUGUACAUAUGACUCAUAAUGUCUAAAUCAACAUAUAACAUACUGCUGAAGGAAAUGAACUUCUACAUGAUGUGUGUGGGUGUGUGCAUGUUUUGUACUGGAGUCUACUGAACUAAUAAGGAAUUGAAACUACAUUAGAGUUUGUAGAACCAAAAUUCAGGAAGGGAUACAGCAUGAUUGAUUUGGUUUCACAUGUUCCAACUGAAACAAGGACACCAGGAUGGUUAAAAAUAUAUCAGUGCUCCUCACAGAUGCUCUGGAACGGUAAAUUGCUUUAUUGUAGGGUGAUGGGUGUAGAUGGGUUAAAACAAAACAAAACAAAACAAAACAAAAAAUUGAGUCAAGCUGAGGCAUCAUAGAGAUAAAACAUGCACGGCUGCAGUCCUUAAUGUAGUUGGAGUAAUAAAUGUGCCAAAUAUGAAGUGAGCGUCAGGCAAAAGGCUUUUAGCAGUACUGAAAGUCAGGACCCAAUGCUUCCAUACAUGGUGCUGAUCCCCGUCUUGUAAAUAUUUGCAUUACUAAGGCAAAGCGUAAAAAUCUGUAAUAUCUGUAUGUAAGCUAUAUGAGUAUUGUGCAAUAAGAAAAGUGCGAAUGGCUUUUAAUGUAAUGUAACUGACAGCGCAGUAGGUUUAAAGCAUAUUCAGAUUUGCUUUGUCUCCAAAACAUGUUUUUGUCCAUUUUCAGCUUUUGACCUCUUAUCUGCCUCUGUUUUCACUCUUGUUUUAAGUCAGCAGUUUCUUUUAAAAGCAGAUUCACCUAGUCAUUGUUCUUGUCUUGUUAAAAGUUGUUUUUAGCAUAUAAAGAUUUCCUAAUUUGAGUAAAGGUUUCAGACAUCUCCUUUGUAUGGCUCUGCAGAAAUCUGUCUUGUAAUCUUGUGCUUUUCAGUUGUUUAAUACCUUAACACUCAAACAAAAAGAGCAGUAUCACUCUCCUUUUGUUUGAAAACUUCCCUCUUUACUUUUUUCAUUUAUUUGUUGCAUCAAAUUGUGUUUCUGUGUUUGUGUGUGUGUGUGUGUGUGUGUGUGUGUGUGUGUGUGUGUGUGUGUGUGUGUGUGUGCUGUGUGAAUACGUUCUUCACCAGGAACUUACUUGCUGUUUACUGAAAUAGGAAAACCAUUUGGUGAUUUUAUGAUCCUGAACAUCUAUAGCCAAAUUACUGUGCAAAAUUUUCAGAUGUAUGUUGUACAUGUAGAAGUUGUGUUUAAUACUAUUAGUACAGAAUCUAAACCAGAUUUAGAAGUAUCAGAAAUGUUUCAGAAACAAGAAGUAAUUUCCUUAGGGUGUGUUCAACAAAUGUUUAAACAUGUAAUAGAGAAAACGAAGAAAAAAAAAAAGCAAAGGAAAUAUAAGAAUGCUUAUUCAAAAUGCUGGUAUGAUUGCUGUGAUGUAACUUAGAGGAAACCAGUAAGGAUAUUUACUAUAAAACUGAUGACAAUUCAUGCGAGUCCACUAUCCCUGUCAGAAGAAUAUUUCUUCUCACUUCAUUGUAGUUGUAGCAAAAUGAUUUCUGUUGAAGUAUUUGGCUGUAAUAUCCAGAAUGUUAAGUCGAAUUAAGAUUUAGCUGUAUAGAAGAUUAGAAAGUUAUUCAUAAACUCUUGACUAGGAUAUUUAAAGGAAGGGCUAAAAGCAGGUGUCGUAUAGCCAAACCAAACAGCAACGUUUUGCUCAAUUUGAAUAAAUCUUUUGACAGGAAGGAUGGACUCAUUAACAUGUAUGUAUAUCAAGGCCAAACAUGAGUUGCCUGCUUCAACGAGUGCUGAAAGACUGGAGCUUUAUAAAGACUUGAAAAAUAAAAGAUAAUGCUAAACAGA